AUGGCAACAAUGGGUUCAACUCCUCCCACGGUCCUCCUGUUUGGGGACCUCACAGACUCAUGGGUCGAUGGCAUGGACUACGUGUUUGACCAGGCCACAACGACACCAUGGCUCCCAUCCUUCUUGGAUGACUUGUUCACGGCCUUCAAGGCCGAGGUGAGAAGCAUGGAUGCCUUCUUGCAGGAGAGUUUUGGUCAUUGUUCAAAUUUUCAAGAGCUCGCUCAAAAAUAUCGCCGUUCGAGCGACCAGGUUGGCCUUGUCCAUGCAAUGCUUCUAUAUACCGUGAGAGCGGUCCUACUACUAGAACAUGUAACGCGGGAGCCACGGCUGCUCCACCCAGGCGAAGAGGGCAGGCCCGAAACACACCUGGUUGGUAUCUCUGCCGGUCUAUGGAAUGCUGUAGCUGUUCCGAUCUCCACGAAUUUCAACAAUUUGUACGAUUCGUCUAUUGAAGCCGGUCGGGUAUGGGUCCGAGUCUGCAGUCUCAUGUUUGGGCGGGCUCGAGCCAGAGAGGACCGCCCUGGUGUCUGGGGCUGGGCUGUCUUAGGUAUUUCCUUGCAUGAGCUUGAAACAAAGCUCGAAGAGUUCCAACAUACCAUGGGUGUUCCUACAUCUAAACGAGCCAAAGUUGGUUUCACAGGAGAUCGUUGGAACACGAUCAUCGGACCCCCUUCCGUCUUGGAGCUCAUUUUCACCAAGUGUCCUGAAUUGAAGAAGCUCCCCAACCACAAGAUAGCUGGUAUCCGCGGCUUGCAGCACACUCUCGAAGUCUCUGAGUCGGACAUGGACUACGUUAUAGGGAACUCAGCGCUCCUGGAAAAGCAGGUAUACCAGGGAUUCAAAGUAUGGGGCAUGACCGAAGUUGACGCCUUUACAAAUUACACCAGCUGGGGUGAUCUUCUGAGGAUUUCUGCAGCACAGACCUUGUCCCAACGCCUUGAUCUUGUCAAGAUCGUGGAAGAUCUCAAUAACUACCUCGGAACUUCAGCUGAAUAUGUCAACGUUAGGAUGAUGGGCCCCAGCGGCCACGUGGCGUACAUUAACGGCGUUCUCAAAACAACAAGAGAUGUCUCCAUCAAAGACGACCUGCAAUCAUCCUCGGCCUCAAGUGAAGGCGAGGGUCUCCGCGAAGGGGCUAUUGCCAUCGUGGGUAUGUCGGGCAAAGGACCCAGCAGUGAGAACACAGACGAGCUUUGGAAGGUUAUUGUAACCGGCCAGGAAUGCCACGAAGAGAUUCCAGCGGAGCGGAUGGACAUUGACGAGUACUACUGUACCAAACACAGCCCCGGAAAGUGUACCAUGACGUGUAGGCAUGGGUGCUUUGUCAAGAAUCCAGGCCACUUUGACGCCAAAUUCUUCCACAUCUCGCCGCGUGAGGCACUGUUGAUGGAGCCGGUCCACCGCCACUUCCUCAUGAGCGCUUAUGAGGCCCUCGAGUCUGCCGGAUACUCUGCAGGUCAGACUAGAACGACUGAUCCCAACAAAACGGCUGUUUUCUUCGCCCAAAGUUUCGACGACUGGCUCAAAGUUAGCCACCAUGCGCUGGGCUGUGAUGCCUAUACACUGCAGAGUAUUCAGCGCGCCUUCGGUCCAGGUCGACUGGCCUUCCAAAUGAAGUGGGAAGGGCCAACAUACGCACUCGAUUCUGCCUGUGCAGGCUCUACGUCGGCAAUCCAUCUUGCUUGCAUGAGCUUGCUCUCGAAGGAUGUCGACAUGGCCGUGACAGGCGCCACGACCAUCUUGUCUGACCCUCAUUCCUUCACCUUCCUGAGCAAGGCCGGAGUGUUAUCCGAAACGGGUAACUGUAAGACCUACCGAGACGACGCCGACGGGUACUGCCGCGCCGACUUCAGUGGAGCUCUAGUACUCAAGCGACUUGAAGACGCAAAACCACUCUGGCAACGCAACGUCCAUUACAACUUCCGACGCCAAUGCGCAGGAGAGCCUCUUCAAAAGGUCCUCCGCAAUGCUCGACUUAACCCUGAUGACGUUUCAUAUAUUGAGAUGCAUGGAACUGGAACUCAAGUUGGAGACAAGGCGGAAAUGGGGGCAGUUUCAAAGGUCUUCUUGCCAAGACCGAAUGGCAAGCCCUUGCCAGUUGGAGCUAUCAAGGCAAACAUUGGUCACAGUGAAGCAGCUGCAGGCAUGUCCUCCGUGCUCAAGAGCAUUCUUAUGCUUCAAAAGGGUGUUAUUCCUCCCCAGGCCGGCAUGCCACAUGCCAUGAACCCCAAUGUAUUGGAAAUCCUGGGAGACGACCCCAGCGUUGUGAUUCCCACACAGCCAACUGAGUUCAAGGCGGUGGAUGGCAAGCCAAAACGCAUUUUGAUUAACAAUUUCGACGCGGCUGGAGGCAACGCAAGCGUCCUAAUUGAAGAGUACAAGCAAGACCCAGCCGCACUGGCAAAACGUCAACAGCCAGACGUCCGAUCAAAUCACGUAAUUGCAACGUCGGCCAGAACGCCUGUAUCACACAUUGCCAACAUGAGACGACUGGCGGACUGGCUUCGCUCGAAUCCAAAUGCUCGGAUCCAAGAUGUAGCCUACUCGACGACGGCUCGGAAAGUACACCACCCUUUCAGAUUCGCGCUAGCUGCUCCAACACUACAGGAUGCCGUAUCCAAGCUUGAAGCAGAGAUCCAGAGGGCUAGCAGCGCAGCUAAGAAAUCAUCAGCUCCUCCCGUUGUGUUUGUCUUCACUGGACAGGGCUCUCACUAUGCAGGUAUGGGUAGCGAGCUGUACCGUACAAGCCCCGUGUUCCGCAAGACUGCCGACCUUUGCGCGGCCGUUUGUGCUUCCCACCGGUUCCCAGCCUUCCUGGAUAUCAUAACCAACGACAGUGUCGACUUAUCCACCAAGAAUGCGGCGCAGGUCCAACUCGCCGUCGUGACUCUGGAAAUCGCGCUCACGGCCUUCUGGCGAUCCUCAGCAGGCAUCGAGCCAUCUAUGGUGAUGGGUCACAGCCUGGGCGAAUAUGCAGCUCUGCACGCAGCUGGUGUCAUCUCGCUGACAGACACAUUGUACCUCAUUGGGCGCCGUGCUUUACUGCUGCUCGAACGAUGCGAGCUUAACUCGUGCGCCAUGCUCUCUUUGUCCGCACCUGUGACAACAGUACGAGAGCACCUCGGCCGACUGAGAGAGUCUUCCUGUGGUGUGGCAUGCAUCAACAGCCCCACAGCCACCGUCAUCAGCGGGACCGCUGAGGACCUGGCACGUGUUCAAACAAGCAUUACCACCCAGGACGCUAACACCCGCACCAAGAUGCUCCCAGUACCGUUCGCUUUCCACUCAUUCCAAAUGGAUGCCAUCUUACCCGAUUACAAGGAAAUUGCCCGUGGUGUGACGUAUCUGGCGCCCAGGAUCCCUGUGGCAUCGACGCUCCUUGCAUCCGUGGUCGAUGCAUCCGGGGUUUUCAGCGAAGACUACCUCGCGCGGCAGACACGGCAAGCCGUUGAUUUCUCCGGGGGUCUCGAUGCCGUCAAGUUGGCAUUCAAGAAUGAGGAGCCUCUCUGGCUAGAGAUCGGCCCCGGUCCAGUGUGCACCUCAUUUGUGCGGGCCACACUGUCACCGCCAGUUGCCAAGAUCAAUCACACCAUUGACGCGAACAACGGCAACUGGGCGACUAUCUCCAAGAGCCUUGUGGCAGCAUACACGAGUGGUGUCGAUGUGGACUGGCUCGCCUUCCACGAGCCGUACGAAAGGAAUUUGGAGCUGUUGGCGCUCCCAACCUACGCAUGGGACGUAAAGAACUACUGGAUCACACAUACUGACAAGAACAAUGGCACACUGGCUCCUGCCGCUACCCCUGCCAAAGCAACUGUGCCGGAGCCAUUCCUCACCACCACAGCGCAGUACCUCGUUGAGAAGACCCUGACGCCUGGUGGACAAAUCAAGGUUACCUUCCGAGCUGGCUUAUCUGAUCAUGGAUUCAUGGGUGUGAUUGACGGCCACAAGAUGCAGCAGAUCGGUUUGGCUUCGGGCACUGUCUUUUGUGACGCCGCUGCGACAGUGGCCAAGUAUGCUCUUGAGUAUAGCGGCGGCAAAACCGGCGUUACAGCCUCUAAUCUGACCUUCCACGAGCCCAAGCUGCUCGCUCCGCUGACCCGUGACCUCGUUGGCAUUGACGGCGAUUUGCUCACCACGGCCACCAUGGAGACUGCGUCUUCUGACGUUAUUCUGGCUUCUUUCAAAGCUGUCUCUAAGAGCGGUGAAACAUACGACCUCGGAUCAGUGCUAGUCAAAUAUCGUAUCCCCGACAAGGCCCAGGCCGACUUAGAUCGCGUAUCUUUCUUCAUUAAAGCGAAGAUGGAGGAGCGAAUCAGGCUGUCUAAGGAUGGUUCCGGCCACCGCAUGCAACCUGACGUUUUCUUCGCGCUCUUUGCCAACGCAGUCGAGUUCUCGCCUGAUUUCCGCGGUGUGCAAGAAGCGUAUGUCGCGGGUGACUACCAGGAAGCCGCUGCAACAAUUAAAAUACGACCCGAUCCAACAGGCGCGCGGUUCACGGCUUCUCCGUAUUGGGGUGAGGCUUUGUUGCAUCUUGCGGGCUUUAUGGUCAACGGAAACCCGAAUACGCCGCAACCACUCACAUAUGCACUCAUGGGCUACGAUAGUAUCGAGCAACUCGCACCUGUCGAGGCUGACAAAGAGUACCUGACCUACACGCAUAUUUCGCGGUGGGAGGGAACCACGGCUUUCUGCUCGGCCUAUGUCUUUGACGCGCAGACUUGGAAGAUUGUUAUGCUUGCCAUUGAUCUCCGUUACCAGCAGUUCAAGAGGACCACCUGGCGCCACAUUCUCGGCACACGGCCACACGCUGUUGGUGCAGGACCACAUCACGCAGCCGCUAAGUCGGUAUCCCUGCCUCCUGUUAAGGAAACCAAGAUCACACAUGAUAACCUCUCUGCUGCCAUGGCCACGGUACCGAUAAAGCAGGAGCGGAAGGGUAGAGCGAAGGAAAGUUCCAAGGAACAGGAGACUGGAGACUCGCGAGCAUUCCAGAUCAUCCUCGACAGCCUCAUUGCUGCCACUGGAAGCGACCCAUCGGAGUUCACUGAUGAUGCAGAGAUCGCCGAUAUUGGUGUCGACUCCAUUAUGGCAAUUGAAGUGGUCGCUGCGGUCACGGAGAAGGGCGUUGAUCUGCCCGCCUCCUUUGUUUUCGAUUAUCAAACAAUCGGCGACCUUCGUCGCGCGUUUGGUGCUGGUACACAAGAGGACUGCGAAGGUAAUGAUACCAGCUCGACACCUUCCACUAGUGAUGAGGAAGGCAUGUUGUCCAUGACCCCAGCCGCUCCUUUCACUCCUUUUACCCCUACCUCCCCAGCUUCAAGCGUAUGCGACGUUGACAAAGAGGAUCCAUCGAUUCUCUCACCGAAGCUGGAGAGUGACACGUCACCACUACCCAACGCUAGGAUCACUCUUCUUCAGGGCCGACCCGAAGCUGGCAGCACUCCACUGUAUAUGAUGACUGACGGGACGGGAACUGUUGCGUCGUUCAUUCACUUGCGACCCUUCAAGUCGAACCAGAUCGUCUACGGUAUCGACUCGCCUUUCCUCCGCUGUCCCUCUCGCAUGAACAGCAAAGUCGGUAUCGAAGGCGUUGCCAAGCUAGUCGUGGACGCGUUGAUCAAAGCGCAGUCUACAGGCCCCUUGAUGAUCGGUGGCUACUCCGUCGGGUGUUAUGUUGCCUUCGAGAUGUCCCGCCAACUAGCCCAGGCUGGACGCCAGGUAACGGGCCUCCUCUUGAUCGACAUGCCCUGCCCACGACCGCGGGGAGUAGAUCAGGGCAAGAUGGUCGCCGAGGCCGAAGCCAGCGAAGCCGUACUAGAAGGAAUCGUCAAUCGAGACGGACAGUGGAGUGCUCUCGGGUCCUGUCGUGAGCAUAUGCGUCAGUUCUUUGUCGCUAUGAACGAGUAUUCCCCAGUGCGAAUGACAGCGACAGAGAGGCCUGCCAAAACGGCCGUCAUUUGGGCUGAACAUGGCUUGAUCAACCGUGUUGUAGAUGACCCUGCUCAGAUUCAGAAGCUGGAAGCUCAGGGUGUGCCUACCAAACCGUAUCCAGGUUUCAUGCAGGAUCCAAAGUUGGGUACGUUCGCGUGCCAUGUACCCAACAAGGGCGAGGAGAAUCUCGGUCCCAAUGGCUGGGACGAGUACACAGGAGGAGAUGUGAAGGUCCUUUCUGUCAAUGGUGAUCAUUUUGAGUUGCCCAUGCCAGGGCAUGUCCAUCUUCUCCAGGAAAAGAUGGAAGAUGCUUUGGCUUAUUUCUCUUCCACUUAG